UGCCCUCCACGGUGACGCCAGGAAGGAAGUCUCGCGAGGUUGAAGAGCUGUGGGAACGCUGGUCCGAGGGAGUCAUCGGAGGUGUUUUACCCCGGCUAGUGAUGGGGCUGAGCUCUCCUGAUCCCCCAGCCUUCCCCCGACUGCCUCCGGCGGGUUCCGCGUCUGCUCGCUGAAGAAACGUAACAGGAGAGAGGAGUCUCUUUGGGUGCAUAGGUCCCCGUUGGCAGAGGCUUUGAGUCCUAAUCGCCACAGCUGACGGCUGCGAGGAAUUGAGACCAGAGUAUUGCUGUAGAAAUGAGUUGCACAAUUGAGAAGGCACUCGCUGAUGCUAAAGCUCUUGUUGAAAGACUGAGAGAUCAUGAUGAUGCAGCAGAAUCUCUGAUUGAGCAAACCACAGCUCUCAACAAGCGAGUAGAAGCCAUGAAGCAGUAUCAGGAAGAAAUUCAAGAACUUAAUGAAGUUGCAAGACAUCGGCCACGGUCCACAUUAGUUAUGGGAAUCCAGCAAGAAAACAGACAGAUCAGAGAAUUGCAACAAGAGAACAAAGAAUUACGUACAUCCCUGGAAGAACAUCAGUCUGCCUUGGAACUUAUAAUGAGCAAGUAUCGCGAGCAAAUGUUUAGAUUGCUAAUGGCUAGCAAAAAAGAUGAUCCGGGAAUAAUAAUGAAAUUAAAAGAGCAGCACUCCAAGAUUGACAUGGUACAUCGUAACAACUCCGAAGGAUUCUUCCUUGAUGCAUCUCGACACAUCCUUGAAGCACCUCAACACGGACUGGAGAGAAGGCACUUGGAAGCAAAUCAGAAUGAACUACAAGCUCAUGUUGACCAGAUAACUGAAAUGGCAGCAGUAAUGAGGAAAGCCAUUGAAAUUGAUGAGCAGCAGGGUUGCAAGGAACAGGAAAGAAUAUUUCAACUUGAACAAGAAAACAAAGGCUUGAGAGAGAUCCUUCAAAUAACUCGAGAAUCGUUUUUGAACCUUAGAAAAGACAAUGUGUCGGAGAGUACGUCUUUGUCAGCAUUUGUGACCAAUAGUGACCUGAGUCUGAGGAAGAGCUGAGGAGCUUCUUUACAAGGCUCUAAACAACGACUGGGACCGACCUACUCAAGUGAAUGAAUUCACAGAAAAAUCAAUCUCAAGCUCCCCUUUCUUUUCUCUAUGUACAGUGCUCUGGCCAUGAUAUUUUUAAGAGAUAGCAACAAUGCAGUUCAUGGUGAUAGACUUUAUUUCCAAAUAUAAUUGCAAAGUAGAAACUAAGCCUUUUGUUAGUUGGUGAACAAACUGAAGAUUUUCACAAUGACUGCUGAACAUAUCAAGAUCUUUCAGUAGUGCUGUUGGCUUUCUGGAUGUUACUUAGAUAAACAUGAAUACUCCCAAUAAAUGUUUGGGAAUGCACAAAAUUAUCCCAAUUUUAAAUAUAAAUUUUGCCACAAUAUGGUGCACGUAAGAUCAUCAUACUGAAUUUCAUCCUCCCUGUUUGGUGUCAGAGUUAACAAAUAGCUUAUGUACCUACUGUUGAGACUUCAGCUUUAAUGAUUGCCUCUCUAACUUCCAUUAAUUUAAAUUUUUGUCAAAAUUCAGUUUCAAAGGCUGUAGAAAUGUUUUAUAUGCACCAUAAACAAAAGAGGUAAUUUAAUUUUAGCUAAUUUACCAUAAUUAAUACUCAGCUAACAAUUGUCUAUAACUUGCUAAGUAUAUGAAAUAUCAUUUCAGGAAUGAAAGAGAAGGAAUACUACUUUCUAAGAAAGAACUUAUAAAAGACAUAUUUAGUAGGUUAAACUACUCCUUUGAAAAAAUAAGUUUUGGUUCUAAAUCAGUUAACGAAGGUGAGAUUUUUCUCUUCUCUGGUUGAUCUUUAAGGAUAUUAUAUAUUUCAUUUAGCUAACAGAGUUGAACUGCUUGGUUAUUUUAAAGUAAAUUGGGAACUUCUCUGCCUCAUAAAACCCCCCUUUUUU